UUUCCCAUCACUCACACGCCUUCCCUCGCACUCGGUUCAUCUUUUCGGUUUCUCGCGACCUCUCUCCCACAACAAACAAGGCCACAGGUACUACAACAAUCGCAAUGGCAGGACCAGCUUCAUCCAAGGCCGACAUCCACGACUUGGCGGAUUCUACUGACUUGACGGGCAAACGAGUCUUCGUGCGGGUGGACCUGAACGCCCCGCUGUCGAAGGACUCGCCGCCCGCCGUGACGGACGCCACGCGCCUGAAAGGGGCGUGCCCCACCAUCGAGUUCUUGGCCGACCAGGGAGCCCGGGUCAUCCUCGCGAGCCAUCUCGGCAGGCCCAAGAAGAAGGUGGUGGAUUCGCUCCGCAUGGAUCCGGUGGCCGCCAGGCUUUCCGCGCUUCUCGGCAAGGAGGCGAAGGAAGUGAUCAAGAUGGACGACUGUGUCGGAGCCGCGGUGGAGGAGCGCAUCUCGUCAAUGGGGAAUGGCGACAUCAUGCUGUUGGAAAACGUCCGAUUCCACUCCGGCGAGGAGGGCAACGACGAGGAGUUCAGCAAGCAGCUGGCGGCGCUGUGUGACUACUACGUCAAUGAUGCCUUCGGAACUGUGCACCGCGCCCACGCGUCCACCGCGGGCAUCACCAAGUUCGUCGAGCGCAAGGUGUCCGGCUUGUUGAUGGAGAAGGAGCUCAAGUACCUCAAGGGAGCCGUGGACAAUCCCGUCCGGCCAAUGGCGUGCAUUGUGGGGGGUGCCAAGGUGUCCUGCAAGAUAACGGUGAUCGAAGCUCUGAUCGAAAAGUGUGACGUCAUCCUCCUCGGGGGCGGCAUGAUCUUCACCUUCUACAAGGCCAAAGGACUCGGAGUCGGGAAGUCCUUGGUGGAAGAUGACUUUGUCGAGCUCGCGGCUAGGCUGAUGGAAAAGGCGGAGGCGAAUGGUGUCAAGUUGCUGCUUCCGGAGGACGUCGUCGUUGCCGACAAGUUCGCCGCAGACGCGGAGUCAGACGUCGUCGCGGCCGACAGCAUUCCGGAGGAGUGGAUGGGGCUAGACGUGGGGCCGAAGACUACUUCGUCCUUCGAGGAGGCCUUGGCUCCAUGCAAAACAAUUGUGUGGAACGGACCGAUGGGGGUGUUCGAGUUCGACAAGUUUGCCGUGGGAACGUUCGCCGUGGCCAACUGCCUGGCCGACCUCACCUCGAAGGGAGCGAUCACCAUCAUCGGAGGCGGAGACUCGAUUGCCGCCGUGGAGAAGGCCGGCCUUGCUGACAAGAUGUCCCACAUCUCCACCGGCGGCGGGGCCAGCCUCGGCCUGCUCGAGGGCAAGGAUCUGCCGGGGGUCAGCGCCAUCGAGGAAAAAACGGCGCGACCUAUGUGAAUGGACGGUGCACACAUGAUUGUUGUGCUAUCUGUUGGUUGCGCUUUGCCGCAUUCUUGACUGUUUUUCUGCGGGAACCGUGGUGAAAGUGCUGCUGCUCUCCCUUUGCCGCCUGCCACAUGGCAAGCAGCGUAUAUCUCGGCAGGGCUGGCCGAAGAUUUUGCUACCCACUUCUCGUCCGGCUGCUGAAAAAUUUGAAACGGGUGGGGUAUAGUGUGUCCUCAGCGCCUCCUGAAAGAUGAAAGUGCGCCCACACGCCUGCUGGCUGGUACGCGGGCCGUUCGUGUUGGUUCCGUUAGGUAGAGGUAUGCGAACUUGACUACGUGAGUGCUUCUGUGGUUGGCAAGUGAUUGGUGAAACAAUCGGGGAUUCCGGGGGCUGGUGAACACCUACCUGCGGUAAACUAGAGGGUGUGUGUGACAUGCAAACUGCAGCCUGUCAGUACGAGGGUAGACCGUGCUUGCUUCUCGUGUGCGCGAAACUGUCCUCCCGAAGGAAAAGUUUCCCUGUGCGUGUAUAUCGGUCAACCAUUGAUCGAUCCUUGUUCUAUCCGCAGUUGUAAGAAGAGGCGAGAAAGGGACGGCGCGUCAACAGUGAAUCAUUGGGUUCUGAGAUGUUUUGGUUUCUCUCGGCUUGCCCCAAUCGCCUGUAGGUACCAUGUUGGUCGUCCUUGCCGGCAGCACGAGAGAGAGCGACCACUCCUCUCUCAAUGUCAAAUAUUGGAUGUGAGGCCUUAAACAGGAGUUGUGUUGUGCGCUGUGCGUGGUGGUGUUUUUGUGACCAACGGAUGCACCCAAAUGACCCGACGAGACUCGAAAUUCAAAAUGACGUGGUCGGUAGUAAAGUGCGUUCGUACCGAUGACACAUCCUGCAAGAGCACGGGCGGCCAACGUUCACCUGGCGAAGGAUCGACCUGAAUGAAGUCGGUACAUUUUCAACCCUCGCUCUUUGUUGGAUCGAAAAAGUCAAGUGUAAAUCAGUUUUUUACGGCGGCGCGAAGUUGAGAUGGACAUAGCACUCACAGUUCCAUUCGGAGAACUUUCGGUGAUGAAGCGACACCGCCGACUAUAUAGUAGCGGAAUCCCGCCUCAUUAUAUUGCUUUUGACCGAGUCAACGCGGCAACGUAAUGGUUUGAGUCAAAUGAAAAAACCAUCAUUGGGAAGCUCCAAGAGACACUAGGUCUUGAGCGUGGAGGUCUGCCUUUUGUGAUCUUUGGUCACACCUCGGCGAGGGGGUCCGACAGAAGUCACACGCCGGUCGAUCGGACGAGCGUGCAACGACACCAAGUGCCACGUGCGAGUGUCGUAACUUUGUAGUACCACAGACUCGUCUGAAGCGCGUGAUAACUUGGUUUCAAAAUUGCCUUCGCACAUUGUGACCUACAGCGGGAGGCUUCUCCCUCAUGACAAGCUUGACGACCCUAGUUACGAGCCAAUUUUUCUCUGCUCAUGGUACACUCGACACGACACGUGUUCAUACUGGCUCCGACUCCCCUCUUGAUUUUUUUCUCUGAGCGAGGCCCCAGAGAGCCGAGACUCAAGAAAUACCAAGGGGAGGCCUCUCGUCUAGCGCAAAAAACCCUGUCGUCAUAUCCUGCCCCCCGAAAAGGUCGAGUGACAUGAGGAAAACUACAGCAAUUCCCCUACGCGACACGUGUUCAUACUGGCUCCGACUCCCCUCUUGAUGUUUUUCUCUGAGCGAGGCCCCAGAGAGCCGAGACUCAAGAAAUACCAAGGGGAGGCCUCUCGUCUAGCGCAAAAAACCCUUCCAAUUAUCGUCAUUUCCUGCCCCCCGAAAAGGUCGAGUGAGAUGAGGAAAACUACAGCAAUUCCCCUACGGGUCUAUCCUCCGACGUAGCUAGCCAACUUCCGCGUGAUCCUCCAAGGUAAGGUCCUGUGUCCCUUGCCGUGUCAUCCAGUGGACUCGCGUCUACCAGAAUUCUUGAA